UUCAGUCAUGGGAAAAUUGUAUUGAUUUAGUUUAAUUAAUUUUGUUUUAAUUAAUUUUUUAUUUAAAUUUUUUUUAUGAAUUAAACAGCUUGUAAACAUACUUUAUCAGUAGAACAAAUUGCAAUAACCAAUUAAACAUGAAAGUAUGCAAUCAUGCAAGACGUGUCUCUUUACAUAGAACCUUUUUGGCAGAAAGAGUUAUUUUUUUAGUCAAGAGCCCUAUAGGAUUCUAUAUUGAACCUCCUUGAACCUUUUUUAAGAGUGUAUUUUCUAAAAAGCCACAGACAGUUUAUUUUAUUUCAAAACUGACAGGUGUUUCUUUAACUCUCAUCCAGGCAGGCAUAUUUUCUUCAUCUGUUCUUAAAGUUAACAUUGAAAUUUCAUUCAUCCUUUACUCAAUGUGAAUGUGGGUUGUGAAGGGUUAUAAAAAAAAAAUAAUAAUAAAAAAAAUCAUUUGAAGUCUUCUGUGAUGAACACCAAAAUUAUUUUCUAGAAAAGAAAGAUGGGUUUCUAAUGACAAUAGGGUAACAAUGUUAAUGAAAAAGCCAUUAAAACGUAUCAUGCAUUUAUUAUUCCUCACUCUUUCAUGUCAUGAUUAUUUUAAUAGCUUUUCAGUGUUGAACAAAGUAUGUACAUUUUUUUUUGCAGUACAAUAUGCAUUUUAUCAUAAGUUUUACACAAUAUGAAGAUCCCUUAAACAUAACUAACACCACCUCUGUGUGACAGUGAAUAAAAAUUAUUCUAAUCCAUAAUUUGACAUCUCUAAAAGUAUACCAAGACUCAGCACUAGGCGGCGCCAUUUUAUAUUACCCGACAGAGGAUCUUGCUUCUUUCCGAGAGCUUCUAACCUACCAUGAAUGCUGACUAGCGUGAUAUCUUUCUGAAUCAUCUGGGGUGAUAUAAGUGCACAAUGCUUCACCACUUCUUAGUCCAUGCAGCUUUUCAGACCAGCAGGUGGCUUCCAAGAGAUCAAAGGUUAAAAUUUCAGAUUGUUCUUUUCAUCUUUGUGGUGCUUUUCCUGGCACCACAGUUUUAUAUUUUGUCAAGGCCAAAAUCUUCUCGCUAUUGUGAAAAGCCACUGUUGAACAAUCUUAUAGUCUUCAUUGUGUUCUCCUUUAUAGCAACAGGUUUGGCUGUAGCGCUUACACUCACAGACCCAGUUCCCAAGAGCAUCAGGGUAGCGUUUCACUCAUUUGGGCUGUUUGCGUUUAUCCAGGGACUCUGUACAGUCAUUCUUACCCUGACUGCACCUCAAUGUGCGAACACCACCACAGAAUUAUAUAUAUUUUCUUUGGUAGUCUCUUGGGCCUGCAUACUCUCAACAGUUUUCUUUCUGGUCAGAGGAAGUCUUUGCCUGAUCCACAAACUGUUUCCGCAUUGGUUAAGAGAUACGUGCCUCUGGGGUUGAAAAUGAGCCACUGCUGCUGUACAGCCUUUCACUGACACUCAAUACAGGACCACCAUCCUCUUCCACACAUAACCGUUGGGUGAGAUGCACCGGCAUGGGGUGGAUGUUGAAGUAGGGUAUGCGGAUAUGCUGAAGCAGCAGAUCGUGAAUGGACCGGAAGUUGGAGCCUGAUUCUGUAUGUGGCACACAUCGCUCGUCCACUUGCCAUAUGUGAGUGUUGCGCCACGGAAAGGUGUAGAGGUUCAGGGCGAG